AUGGUUGCUGGUGAGGGUUGUGAGACUUGGUUCAUUGGCACAGCCCAUCACGAAGGCGCGCUUUUGCCUGGAAAAGUUCACCCUACCAAUGGCAUAUGUUACGUGCCUUGGUGUGGAAAGGAGAUACCAAAGAGAGAGUAUCAGGUGCUGAGCAGCUUCAACGGGACCUGGAUCAAAGUAGCGGGCUGCAACCUUCCACAAAACGCCGUCCAGGGAGGUAUGACCGCGAAUGGCCAACCCCUUUUCAUUGGCCGCAUUGAACACGUGGGUAGUAAAAUCCCCGGAAAAGUGGAUCCAUCGAACCAACGCCUGUACGUUCCCUGCUGUGGUGUCGAAAUUCCUUACGACGAGUUCGAAAUCCUCGUUAAUUAA